UUAAGGAAACCCCUUUCAAAAUGUACUGUGCAUGUACAAAGUGCAAUCUUCAGUGCAUAAUAACUGCAAAAUCAAAUCCUACUUUUGUCAGAGCUUUCAAAAGCAUUUCUCAAUGAGGAAUAUUUACAUGCCAAAUUUAAACUUUCUACCCCUGCCAUUUGGACUUCAUAGCUGUCCAAAAAGCCUGAAGGUUUUUUAAUUCUGAGGUUAGUGUUGUUUUCCCCUACUGUUCUAUUAAAUAAUAGCUAAUCCAUCUUUGCUCAAACUUUUUUAAAAAAACUUUCUGCUUUGGACACAAAUUAUGGAAAAUUUCAGCUUUUGGGGUGAAAGAUUCUGGAAGUCAUAAGCAACUGAAAAUUAAGCAUUUAAAUUCUAACCCUUCAACAACCUUAAUAAUAGCAUUUGCUAGCGCUCUCACCUUAAGUAUUUUUAGGGUCGGACAUAUAAUUGAGAGGAAGGCACAACAGAGUGUGACUUGGCCACUAUUUUAAUACAUACCAUUUUUCUGUUACUGGAUGUGAAUUCCCUUUCUCUAUAAAAUUAAUGUCUUGUCUGUAUUAUUUUAAAAUAUCUUUAUUUUCCAAACUUUUAAGAGCCAGUUAGAAAUGGCAAAAGUGAAUAAAUAUUUGCUUGACUUUAACUUAGUAAUGAACAUCUUGCAGCAUUAUUAUUGCAAUAACUUAAGCAUAUUAUUUUUUCUAAAAUCUGUCAACAUUCUAUAAAAAGAUCAGUCUUACACUAGCAAGCCUUUAAUAACUAUAUAUUUUGCUCUGCUUACAGUCAUUUUAAUUUUGUUCUCCUGUUCAGGUAAAAAAUUUUGCUGUUAUUUAUCUUGUGGAUAUCACAGAAGUACCAGACUUCAACAAGAUGUAUGAGUUGUAUGAUCCCUGUACAGUCAUGUUUUUCUUUAGGAAUAAACACAUCAUGAUUGAUUUAGGUACAGGUAACAACAACAAGAUUAACUGGGCGAUGGAAGACAAGCAAGAGAUGAUCGACAUUAUAGAAACAGUUUAUAGAGGAGCUCGUAAAGGUAGAGGUCUCGUGGUGUCGCCAAAAGACUAUUCUACCAAAUACAGAUAUUGACAUUCUGUGACACUUACCCUCUCUUUUAGUCCACCUCCACAUACACAUAAUUAUCCUUUGUAUAUAAAAGUUGAUGAUUUACAUUUUUUUAUUAUGAACGUGUUUUGAACUCUUAUUUAAAAACUUUGUAAAUUUUCAUUUGAAAAAAUAGAAGACAUGAAGUCUGGAACCAUUUGAUUUCAGAAAUGCAAUAGCUGGAUCAUUCCUUUUGAAUUAAAGGACUUUAACUCUGCAAACGUCAACCUCUCGGUAUAAUAUAUUUUUUUAACACAAUUCUAUUCUUAGAAAAAUAUGUAAAAAAUAUGAGAAGUUGAAACAAAUGUACAUGAGAAACUUUUAGUGUAGCCUUUUAAUGGAUAAAAAGUAGUGCUGUAUUGUUCUUGCCUUUAGCUUAUUAUCUUUAAUAAUAGUAAUAAUAAAAGUAUUUGCCUUUUAAGGUACACCUCUUGAAGUUACUGGCUUGUCACUUUUGUCAGAGUCCUCAUAUUCAUGAUAUUUUGUUCAUGUCUGGUAAUGGAUACCAGAAACCAUUAGCACUGAAAAGAGAGGGUGAAAUACUAAGCAAGCAAAAUUCUCUGGAAAUACAGUUGUUGCAUAUCUUUUAUAAAAAA